UAGAGGGAGAAAGACCAGAGAACCAAGAGAAAGCGAGAGAAAGAAUCAAAUAUUCCGAAGACAUUUUCUUUCUCUUUGUUUUCUUCAAUUCAUUCACAUUCUCUUGUGAUAUUAUUCUUCUGCUUCAUCUUGAAUCUCUUCUCAGAUUCACAGUGUCUAUAGAUUCAUUCAUUUUUCUCUUCCUUUGAGAAUUCAGCUAGACUUUUUUCAUUCAUAGCUAAGAAUUCUAUCAUUCUCCCCAAGGCUCAGGCUUUUUCAUACGAGUUUUGAAUUAUUUUGUUUUGGUUAAUAUAUAGAAUUUCAAUUCAUUUUCCGGUCUGCCAUCAGCUUGGUCUUUUUUUUUUUUUUUUUUUUGAGUUUCUUGAGGCCAAGUUAUGGCAACAGAACCAGUUUUAACCUUCUCUCUUGCUUCUGUGGUGGAAGAUGUUCUUCAACAACAUGAUGGUCGAUUGGACGUCAACUUGGCAUCAAGAAAAGCUGAAGAAGCUUCCUUGAGAAGGUAUGAAGCCGCCGGUUGGUUGCGGAAGACAGUUGGAGUUGUUGGAGGGAAAGACUUGCCGGCCGAGCCUUCUGAAGAAGACUUCAGGAUUGGAUUGCGUAGUGGGAUUAUCCUAUGCAAUGUUCUUAACAAAAUUCAACCUGGAGCAGUGCCAAAGGUAGUUGAAGGCCCCUGUGAUUCUGUUAUUAUUCCUGAUGGAGCAGCAUUGUCUGUGUAUCAAUACUUUGAAAAUGUAAGGAAUUUUCUUGUGGCUGUAGAGGAAAUGGGGCUUCCUUCCUUUGAAGCUUCUGAUUUGGAACAGGGAGGAAAAUCUUCAAGGAUAGUGAAUUGUGUUUUAGAGCUCAAAGCCCAUGCUGAAAGGAAACUUCGAGGAGGAAAUGGGUUGUCGAAAUAUAGCAGGGUUGCGAAGCCACCUACCUCUGGUAAAACACUUUUGAGGAAAAACUCGGAACCAUUCAUGAAGUCUAUGUGGACUAUGACAUCAGGGGACAGAGAUGGUUAUAUGAGUGAUCCCGGGCAUGAUCUAAGUGAAAGGGGUUCUGUAUCUUCCUUAAAUUCACUAGUUCGUCAAUAUUUGUCUGACAAGAAGCCAGAAGAAAUUCCCACUGUAGUCGAAUCCCUGUUAAGCAAAGUCAUGGAGGAAUUUGAGCAUCACAUGAAAAUUCAACAUGAAAUGUGGAAGAUAACUCAAGAAGAUAAGGCACCAUCUGGAACAGAAUGUUCAAUUUCAGAAGCUGCUUCUAUUAAUGAAAGGUUGGAAGAAAAGGAAGAUGAACAGGAUGAACAAGAUGGGCAAAACAUACAUGAUAACCAAGAGGAAAGUUAUGAAGAGAAGUACAUUGAGCAUGAAGAUUCAAGCCGCCAGAUUUCGAUUUUGAAGCAACAAAAUAUAGUCGAAACGCAGAAUCGAAGCAUCCAGGAAUUGAAAAGCAUCGUCCAUCAAACAAAAUUAGGAAUGCAAUUCAUGCAAAAUGAACAUCAGAAAGAGAUAAUUAAUCUAAGUAAGCACCUGCAUAGCCUAGCUUCUGCUGCUUCAGGAUAUCAUAAAGUUCUUGACGAAAACCGCAAGCUAUACAAUCUAGUGCAGGAUUUGAAAGGAAAUAUUAGGGUGUACUGUAGAGUUCGGCCCUUCUUAGGUGGGCAACCAAGCCAUUAUAGCUCAGUUGAUAACGUGGAAGAGGGAAGUAUCUCGAUCAUAACACCUUCCAAAUACGGCAAAGAGGGGAAAAAAACAUUUAAUUUCAAUAGAGCAUUUGGUCCUUCUGCAACCCAAGGGGAAGUUUUCGCAGACACACAACCUCUAAUUCGUUCGGUUCUGGAUGGUUACAAUGUCUGCAUAUUUGCCUAUGGUCAAACAGGAUCAGGAAAAACAUUCACUAUGUCUGGACCAGAUGACCUUAACGAGGAAACUAUAGGUGUUAACUACCGUGCGCUGAAAGAUCUUUUCUAUCUCUCGGAGCAGAGGAAAGACACCAUUUCUUAUGAAAUCUCUGUUCAGAUGCUUGAGAUUUACAAUGAGCAAGUCAGGGACCUACUAACUACAGAUGGUGCUAAAAGAUUAGAAAUUCGCAACAGUUCCCAUAAUGGAAUCAACGUGCCAGAUGCCAGCCUUGUUCCGGUUUCAUGCACUUCUGAUGUCAUAAAUUUGAUGAACUUGGGACAUAAGAAUCGCUCUGUUGGUUCUACCGCCAUGAAUGAUCAUAGUAGUCGCUCUCACAGCUGCCUAACAGUUCAUGUUCAAGGAAAGAACCUGACAUCAGGAAGUACUAUUCGUGGUAGUAUGCAUCUAGUUGACCUGGCAGGAAGUGAAAGAGCUGAUAAAACUGAGGCCACAGGGGAUAGAAUGAAGGAGGCUCAACAUAUUAACAAGUCACUUUCUGCCUUGGGAGAUGUCAUUUCUUCCCUUGCCCAAAAGAAUGCACAUGUUCCUUACAGGAACAGCAAACUUACUCAGCUGCUUCAGGAUUCUCUUGGAGGGCAAGCAAAGACUCUCAUGUUUGUCCAUAUAAGUCCGGAGCCAGAAGCUCUGGGAGAAACACUUAGCACACUCAAAUUCGCUGAACGAGUCUCCACUGUUGAACUCGGUGCUGCGCGAGUUAAUAAAGAUAACUUAGAUGUGAAAGACCUUAAAGAACAGAUUGCUAGUUUGAAGGCAGCCUUAGCGAGAAAAGAGGGAGGAGAAGCAGAACACUUCCAACAAUUUGUCAAUAGUAGCAGCCAUGAAAUACCCAAAUUGAAAUCAUACGCAUCUUCUCCUCCUAUGGAACGUAGUUUGAUAGGUGGUGCCCGUAAGUUACCAAAAGAUGAUUCUAGUAGCCUGGAUGGCAAGAAAAAUGCUGCAUCAAAGUUGAAAAGACGAAGCCUAGAUCUCCAUGACAUGCGUAAGAACUCAUCGCCGUGGCCACCUGUUAGAAGUCAUGGAAAGGAAGAAGACAAAGAAUCAAUUUCUGGGGAUUGGGUUGAUAAAAUUUCGAUAAACAGAAAUGACAGCUUAACUAGUGAUGAUAGUCUCGUGGGGCAGUGGGAAGCAGAAAGCAAACAAUCUUCUCCAAUGUCAAGUCCAACCUUUCUCUCAGAGCCUUCUAAAAUAUGCCUGGACCACUCCUUGCAUAGAAAGGAUAACCAAGAAUUGUUUGAUAUGUCCACCACAUAUGAAUCUGAUGAGCUUGAGAUUGCAACUAGUGAUUCUGCAGAAUCAGACUUACAUUGGCCAGCACAUAUACCUAAACCAAUCACCGUUUCAAGCGGACUAGGCAUUAAAGCAAGGAAGAAACCAAUUAAUCUCAGACCAACAAAGAGCCUAGAAGCCAGGAGCAUGAUCCCAUCAUUAAUUCCUAUUCCUGUGCCAUCGAGGAAACAACCCACCCUAGUUACUCCAGCAAGAAAAAAUCCAGUGUCUAUUGAUGUGAAGAGAAGGAUUGUGAAUGCCAAGUGAGAAUGCUCUUCCAAGGCUUUCCUGAUUUUGUUGCUUCACUACCAUCGAUAACAUUUUUACCUGGCUAAAUCAACAUUAAAGAUAUACUACUUGGCAUGGAUUUUCUUCUUUAAAUAUUUAUGACAUCAAAUUGAUCUUCUAAAGAUUAAGAAAUACAUUAAAUUGAUUUAAGAUUAUUGUUAUCGAGUUUGACAGAAAAAUCAUUUUUAUGUCGCAACUCUUUAGUACUAGACCAAAUUGAUGUAAGUGUAUAUUAAGAGAGCUAAGAUAAUAGCUUAGUAUUUUUUUUCUCCUUUUGUAUCUAUAAUUUUGAGGAGGAAUUGAGCAAAAGAGGUUUUUCUACA